AUGGAAUCGCGUCUGGGUCUGCUUAUCGCCCUGCUGCUGGCGGCCUUUCAGGCCUGGGCCAUGGAAGCCCCGCCGAACUUUAGUCAGAACUCUACUGAGAGCGGACUGCUGCGAACAGUGCGUCAUAUAUAUGGACAGUGUUCAGAUAGCGAGGACAUUUUCUGGUGCUGCAAGGUACAGGGAGUUCGUCUCCUGGGUCGGGCUCUGAAGGUUCCGCAACUAGGGAUCGUGGAUGGUGUUAGUUUGGUGCGGCGGGAGUCCUUUAACCAGGACACGCGGAGUGGGCGCUCCAGCCUGCUCGAGAGCCAGCUCAGCAAUCGCGAUCUCGAGCACAUGUCGGGGAAGAGUCUGGACGCACUGCUGCUGGAGCGGUUUCUCAGCUUCGUCCAUAGUCAUCAGCUGCAGGUGAACCUACCACGGUUGCUGCGGUUUGGCGAGCGGAAUGGCCAGGACUGGCUGCAGCACCUGAUCGGCUACUUUCUGCCAUCCAGCGAAAGUGAGGGUCGCAAAAAGAAGGAUGACAAAAAGUAUCUGGGACCCUUCAUUGCCGCCGUUCUGCUAAAGACCGCUAUACUGAAGAUGGCAUACCACUCGAUCGCCAUUGUAGCGGGAAAGGCGUUGAUUGUGGGUAAGAUAGCGCUGAUCAUCAGUGCUAUAAUCGGGCUGAAAAAACUGGUGGGUCACGACGGCGGCGAGAAGACCACCUACGAGAUCGUCAAGCAUCCGCAGGUGCAACAGAGCCACACAUACUCGUCCAGCCACCAGGGUGAGUACGAUACGGGUGGCCAUGACGGAGGAUCCUACCACCGCAGCAUCGACGACGAGAUGAUGAUGCAGGACAAGGCUUACCAGGCCUGGAUGCCCCACGUGGCCGCAUCCGCUUCGCCCGCCGCCAAGGGAUCCCGAUAA